UUUUUUUUCCUGUGCUGACUUCUCAAUGUGCAGAAAGCAGCAGAGAAAACAGACACUGCUCCUCUCCCCACAGAGAUGGUUGGUGGUCGCCUCAGCUGCCUCUUCACAUACAUCGUUGGACUGCUUCUUGGGGUCUUCCUACAUGAUGUGGAGGCUUCUGGAGAAAAACAAGUUAUUCAUAGAAAAGUUGGAGACUCUGUGGAGCUUUCAUCCAAUUUACCAACAGAAGGAGUCAGCAGAGCAUCAUGGAAAUAUAAAAACUUAGCAGUGGCAUAUGAAAAUGGUGUUAUUCCAAACAAUCAAUUUCAGGAUAGAGUGGAGUUCAAUAAUGUGAACUUUAGUUUAACAGUGAGAGAACUGACCCUUCAAGAUUCUGGUGAUUUCAGUUUUACCUCAGCAACCAAAGACCAACAAAAACCUACAUUCAUCAUCACUCUGCAAGUUCAUGAACCGAUAUCUAAGCGGCCCGACCUGUUUUCCAACAUCAGUGGGCCCGGCCUUAAUGGAUUCUGUACAGUUUAUCUGGACUGCAGAGCAGCUUCUCAGAGCAACAUCACCUACAUCUGGACUGUAGGAAACCAAAGAUAUAGAGGCCCUAAGCUGCAAUACACUAUCGGACCACAAGAUGGAGACACUAUAUUCUCCUGCACUGUCUCUAAUGUUGUCGGUGAGAUGUCAGCAUUUAAAUCAGUGAGGUGUAGAAACAACACCAACAUCCUCUCUAAGGAAGAAAAUAACCAGCAACUUGUGUGGAUUCUCAGUGCAGCAGGAGGAGGUUUGCUGAUCCUUGUUAUAAUCAUAGUAAUGACCGUCUGUCUCUGCAAAAGAAGAUGGUCCGGCAGUGAUUCAAACGAACUCACAGUUUAUGCUGAUAUCUCGGAUUUUUCACCUGAAGUUGACCCCUCAGAUAAGUCAAAGCCCUGCUCCUUGUACGACACAAUCGAAAACAGAACCGGUCCAGGUCAACAAAAGCCUCAGACAAUCUAUGACAAGAUCCAGUUUGAUCGUAUGAGGAAGGCGUCAGUGUCUCCCUACCAGGAGGUUUCCUAGAUGGUCUGAACCUUGACCUGCUGGAGGUUUUGGUGCAUCUCAGAAAAAAAGAUCAGAAAACAUCGGGUGGAUGUAAUGAAGAUACAAAUCUCAUUGCAAGAACUUGUGACAUGUUCAACAAUUUUGCUGAUGUUUUUUUAAGGUAUUAUAUAAAUUACAUGUUACCUAUUUAUGCCAGUGAUAGAUUUGGAAUUUAUGGUGUGAAGUGCAACAUUUAAUGUCAGUCCCUCUUCAGACCUGGUAUAAACAGAUCUCCUGGUCAAUUAAGAUGGACAGUCCCUUUUUCACAUUUUGUAACAAUACAAUCACAAACUUCAAAGUCAUUUAUCCAUGUGGGUGUGAAUACUUUAACUAGACAAGCCUUUAGCUCAGGUCCUCACACCUGGUAUUAAAAUAUGAAUUGAAAGAUUUUUCAUGAAUAAACAUACAUAGCCAUGUUUUACAACGGGCUGUCAACAACACCAUCAGCAAGUCUACUACAGUUACUGUAAAAUCACUGAUUCAUUAGGUCUGUAGUAUUAUUGAGAUACUAACACUAGCUUAAUAGACCCAAUAAGAGACAUAAAGGAGAAUGAAAAGCAUCUGCCGCUCUACACACCUUUAUUACAAAUACAUGUAAUAAUGGAAGUGCAAGUUGGGACAUUUUACAACACAAUAACAACAGGGGGCACAAUCAGCUCCAGAACAAUCAAAGCGCUUUACACUAUAAUCAGUCAUUCACCCAUUCAUUCACAAAUUCACGCAGCUGCCCUGUGGCGCACUGACAGAACUGAGGCUGCCAGGCACCACCGAGCCCUCUGACCACCAUCAGCAGACAAGGAGGGUCAAGUGUCUUGCCCAAGGACACAAUGACUGAGACGGACAGAGAGUGGGUUCUGAUUGGGGUCUCGGAAAAUGUGACAUCAAAGAAGCAAUACUGUCUUAUAGGUUUGCUUUUUAAUACAUCUAUAAUAGCAUGAUUGUUUUCAUACCUUCUCAAAAUAACAGCAAAAUGUGUUUAUUUUCUCACUGUCUGGAGAAAUAAAGAGUGAGAACAGGUGAAACAACUAAUUAGACAACAAGUUCAGAAAAAUUCACUGAUCAGAUAUUGCUGGAUGAUGUGUUUACUAAUCAGGAAAGAUUUAAUUUGAAACCUAAGUCAUAGAUAAUGAUCAAUAAAAUAUUCAAAGCUAUUGUUUAUCGUCACAUUUUAUUAAUAUUUUUCCCAAAUUUGAAGCUUGGAUGGAUAGUACUUCCCAGUUUUAAAUGUGCCCCUGGGACUUGUAAUUUCUGUUAUUAUAUGUACAUGCUGUAAACAUAUAGAUUAUAUGAAUAAAUAUUUUACAUCCUCUUGUAUAUGUCAGGUUAAUGUGUAAUAUAUUAUUUGUCUUAUUGAGCUAUAUUUGUGUAGCUUUUCAUCCAGCUGUAUGCUUGCUUUUUAUGUUCUUUUCUUUUUUAAUUUCAAGUUGUUUUUUACCAUAUUGUACCAUAAUAAAAAGUUAAAAACAUA